AUAUCGGCCGUACACCAUAUUCUCGACACAAAGCUCUUCCUGUCAUGCCCGUUUUCUUCCACAAACCCUAACUCGCUCUUCCUGAUUCAGUCAUCAAUGGAGAUCAAGCAUUCGCUUAAUGGCGAGGCGACUCACCGCAUCUUGAAGAGGCCCAGAGUUACCCCUCGAUUCUUAUCGGAAUCCGAAAUUCGAGAGGAAUUCUCUCACCACCAGUCCGGCGUCGCCCGAAUUAACAACGGGAGUUACGGGAGCUGUCCUGGUUCUGUGCUCGCGGAUCAGAGGCGGUGGCAGCUGAGGUUUCUCCAGCAGCCGGAUGAUUUCUGCUUCAACACUCUCCGUAAGGGGAUCCUAGCGUCGCGGACUCUCAUUAAAGACCUAAUCAACGCCGACCAUGUUGAUGAGGUUUCCCUCGUCGACAACGCUACAACUGCUGCUGCUAUCGUGCUCCAGCAGAUUGGCCGUGGGUUUGCGGAGGGGAAGUUCCAGAAGGAUGAUACCGUUUUGAUGCUCCACUGCGCGUUUCAGGCCGUGAAGCAGUCGAUUCAGGCUUACGUUACCCGCGCUGGUGGGUCGGCAGUUGAGGUUCGGUUACCAUUUCCGGUGAAAUCAGAGGAGGAAAUCAUUAUGGAGUUCAGGAAAGCUAUAGAAAAAGUGAAAUCUGAUGGUAGAAGAAUUAGGUUAGCUAUUAUUGAUCAUAUAACGUCAAUGCCGUCUGUUGUGAUUCCGGUACGGAAAUUAGUCGGUAUUUGCAGAGAGGAGGGUGUGGAGCAGGUUUUUGUUGAUGCAGCACAUGCAAUUGGUAGUGUUAAAGUAGAUGUGAAAGAAAUUGGAGCUGAUUUUUACGUUAGUAAUUUACAUAAAUGGUUCUUUUGCCCACCUUCGGUUGCGUUUCUGUAUUGUAAAAACACCAAUUCAUCAUCGGAUUUGCAUCACCCUGUGGUGACACAUGAGUACGGCAAUGGCUUGCCAAUUGAAAGUUCGUGGAUUGGGACGAGGGAUUACAGUUCCCAGCUAGUGGUGCCCUCAGUUUUGGAGUUUGUCAAUAGAUUUGAGGGUGGAAUGGAAGGAAUAAUGAAGAGUAACCAUGAGGAAGUGGUGAAGAUGGGGAAGAUGUUGGCAGAGGCUUGGGGCACCAACCUUGGGUCACCACCGGAGAUGUGUGCGGGGAUGAUUAUGGUUGGGCUGCCUUCCAGGCUUUGCAUUACCAGUGAGGAGGAUACGGUGAGGUUGAGGUCGCAUUUACGAGAUUGCUAUGGUGUUGAGGUUCCUAUUUAUUACCAAGGUGUGAAGGACGGAGAGAUGGGAGUAAGGGAUAAGAAUGGGUUAAUAACAGGGUAUGCAAGGAUUUCUCAUCAGGUUUAUAACAAAUUGGAGGAUUAUGAAAAGUUCAGGGAUGCUAUUAAUCAGCUAGUUGAGGAUGGAAAAGUUUGCAAAAUGCUUUUGACGCAAUGAAGAGGUAGUUGACUAGCCAGCCUGAUUUGCAAUAACAUCUGCGUUCCACCAGCUUCUGAUGCCUGCAGCUUCAUGACUUUCCAAACAACAAAAUUUUGAAGAGAGCACCAGGGUAGAGAUUGCCAUAUGUGCCCCAUAAAUCCGAAAUUGGUUUCUAAGAACCUUUGACCAAGGUAAGCUAACUUGCUAGUUUCUGAGUCCCAGAACCUGUUCUAUCCAUCUGACUCUUACUGUUGUGACAAUAAAUUAAUAAAUGCCAGCAUUCUUU